CUAUAAUUAAUUGUAUUUCUAUUAUGAGUUCCGCUAAUAAUAGUAUAAAAUGUGUUAAAAAUAGCAAUAAUUUUAAUAAUAAUAAUAUAAACGACGAGAAAAGUCAUGAAUUAAAGAGUGAGAAGACGUCCAAUGAAAGCAACUUUUGGGAGUUGAUCACUGAUGUGGCCAAAGAUCUAGACCUCGCGCUACAAGACUUAUCGCCCGACUUUGAGAUAUCGAAGAAUAUAAGCCAUGGAAUUAUCGAUGAAAAUGCCGACAAUACUGAGCGCCGACCAGAGGACGGGCCACCAGAAGACCCCUUUCUACUCGAGUCGUUUGCUGUCGGAGUUGCAGGAAAUGAUUCACAACAACCACCGAAACAAAAUGCAGUUCAACACAAGUCCGACACCAAAUCAAGUGAUAACAGAAAAUUGUAAAGCAGUCGAAGUAAAAGAGAAACAAAAUCAGUCGGAAGUGGAGAAUGUGUCCAACAAUUCAGUGGAUGACAAAAAUGAAGACAACUCGGGCGCCAGUAAUGAGUCGAUUCCGGCCACAAUCGGACUCUUGGAGCGGUUGAUCCGUUGUCACCCGAUAUGGUUUCUCACAGAAAUAGGUCGCGCGGGUGUCGUCCACCUUCUACAGGGCAAAGAGCCCGGAUGUUUCAUUGUUCGUCAGUCAAGCAAAGCCAACACAAUGGCCCUAUCGGUGCGUUUGCCCGAAGGUCGGGGCCCUCACAUCGAGCACUAUCUCAUAGAGGACGGCGGGAACGGGAAACUGCAUUUGGAGGGCUCCGACAACUAUUUCAGUGCAAUUCCGAUGUUGGUCUGUCAUUACUCGACCUGUUGCGACGAACUGCCCGUUCAGCUCACUCUACCCAAAGUCUUACAGCAGUCCAAUCGGCAACAGUUGACAUCACUGGCCCUUUUGGGUCAGGACUUCUGGCAGUCGAGUCUUUCAAAGCUUACCAAUUCUAAUGACAACAAAAGUGAUGAUAAUUCUAGUGAUUGUUAUUCACUCAACAAACGAAACAAUUUGUUGUCCACGUUCAAGAAUGAGGGCCAACCGCCCCCUCCUAUCCCUCCCAAACAGGAUGUCUCGGCCAUCGAUCCUAUUAUUGAUAUGAAAAAGUCAUCCACUGUUCCCAUUACGCAAGUGUUGGCCCAACAGCAGCCAAAGUUGCCCCCAAAACGCACUGAACGGCCACCCGUUCCCCCGAGAAGUAAAUUCGGGACCAAUAGCUCAAUAUCUAAGUCAACGACGCCUUCAACCAACACAUCCAAUGAGAGCACAAAAGAGUCAAAGGAGUCGAAAGAGCCGAUCGCUCCCAACACUGAGAUCACAUUAAUUCAUUUAAAUGACGCCAAACAUAGGCGCCAAUCAGACACCAGUUCCCCAAGAAUUGAAUUCCCAAAGUCUUUGCCAUUAAGACGAUCUGAAUCAUCCGGAUCUCCUCUCAUUAGUAACGACGCAAAGCCUUCCAAUGCUUCUCUUUUGGGCCAUUCAAUGGAGAGUCUUAUAGAUAGUAUUAAAACGGAGUCCUCGCAGAUCGACACGUGUACGCAAAUAUUUAGUACUUUUGAUCCCAACCUACAAGACGUAUCACUACAAGUGGGCACCAGUACUUUCUCCAGACACGCAUAUAAUGAGUAUCGCGAGGCUUCGUGGCCUUUGGAUAAGUCCUGGCAAUGGCUCGACGACAACCUCUCCUCACUAUGCGGCCAACCCUUCAGACGCGAGUCUUUGUCUGGCUUUCGAAGGAGUAGUUUCGUUGAGUCGAUGAAAAGCGAUGUGACAACUGUUGAGGACUUGAUUACACUACAGGCGCCCGAACUGUGUGUGCAAAAAGUGCAAAGUCUACAGCAAAAUGAUUCAGACGACAAAAAUGUUGAUAAGAUUAAGGAAUUGCACGAAAGAUACGAUAAUUUAGCCGUUUAUUUGAAUAGCAGUGAGACGUGUAAGCAAGAGGAUAGUGUGUCCCACAACACGGAGUUUAGUGAUCCGUGGAAUAGCGAGUGGUGGAGUGAAAUACUGCAGAAGGUGUUCCCCAAGAAUGCAUUGAUGCAGUUUAGUCCUGAUCAUGAAGACAAUAAUUUCCUAUUGAAUAGAGAGCUAAUGAAUAACAAUUGCGAGAACGGGUCCACAAUAACGAGCCUAUCGGACAGUCGCCGUACGAGCACUUUGGACAUAACUGAAGUGAGCCAGUUCAGUGAUGUCGCCGAAAUGAGAUCCAACGCCUCCGUCGCUGAUCACAGAGAGUCAACAGCUAGCGAUAGACUCACUGUUUUAGAGACAAAUGAUUGUGGAAUCGGUUUAAACAUUUGUAACUAUAUUUUUAAGCUAUCGGCUGAAGGAAACAACACUUUCGCUAAAGCUAUCGAUCACUUCAUUCAAUGCACUAAAGAAACUAAUGAAACCAAUCCUUUAAUAGUUAUGCGGAAUAUAAGGCAAUUCAUGAACGGUAUGAAGAAUUAUCUCGUAAAGCAUGGCGAGGGAGAGUUGAGUGCAAUGAUUGAACGCGAGAGGACUAAACUCAAGUCCAAUGAGUUCUUGAAUAUCGACGCCAUCCUCGAGAGCGCAUUGCAUCGACUCGUUAUAAAGCCGUUGAAGAACUUCUUAUAUCAGCUUUUUAUUGAAUCCUACAAUAGAAACGGUUCACUCAAAGUGUUGUCGCGAAACAUAAAAGACGCCCAAAACAAGAGCCCACAAGAGCUGGGCGUUCGGCCGGAAUUGCUUCCAAUCGACGCUAAGAUUAUGGUUGAGAUUGAGAAACACUUGUGUCGUCUGCAACAGUCAUAUUCACCGCUCAAAAAGUUGGAGUUUUUAUUGUCGACCAUUUCGUGCAUUUAUAACAGCGUUCGGAAGCACCAGAAGAAGGGAAAUGCGAAUGAAUCGAAGAGCGAGUACUCGUCGUUCGGCGCCGACGACUUCCUCCCCCUCUUUAUUUUCGUGUUAAUCCAAUGCGGAGUCAUAUCCGCUGAGAUUGAGGCGGACUUCAUGUUUGGUUUACUGCAGCCGUCCAUUCUGUGCGGUGAAGGCGGCUAUUAUCUGACGACAUUGUGUUCAGCCGUUAAUGUCAUCAAAAAUAUGCAUCAAUUAAGCUCUGAAAGCAAUACAAUGAAGAGCACCACUGAAUCCAACGACGAUUCUGUGAUUACAUCGAAUGCAAUACCAGUCCAACAGAUGAAUAGCUCUUCCAGUGAGACGAGUGUGACGUCCGGCUCUAUCGGACAGCACUCGUUGUGCACUCAGAUCAAGCUUCCGAUGAUUGUCGACAUGAAGGCCUAUAUGCGAGUCUUAAUCCCGGAUGAGUUCACUUCCAGUAUUGCUGUCAAGACUCUUCCCGUUCGGCCCAAUAUGACGACUAAAGAGAUCUGCAAAAUGAUUGCCCAUAAGCUUAAGAUCACAAAUCCCGAGGACUUCGGUCUCUUCCAAGUGGUUAAAGGAGAGGAGAUUCAGUUGAAUGACACGGAUUUGCCUCAACUCAUCAAAUCGGAUGCUAUGGCCAGCGGUCGCGAGACUCAGUUCGCGUACAAACGCUUUGACGCCAAGUUUAUUUGGCCCAUAAGUAAACACAACUAAAGUCAAUGCAUAUCCUAUUUCUAUCUGUUUUUCCACUCA